UUCGUUUAGAGCGCUAUAGUACAUAUGCGAUGUGUCAGCUAUUUAUCCGGAUGCUCUUUUAUUUAAAUACCCAGUAAUUUAAGAGUUAUUCAUUACUUCCUGUCAGUAAUUUGAUUUUUUGUUUUACGGUACUGAAGUGUUGAUGUCAUCGCUGACACCUCCUGUUGAGAAUCCGUGUGAUGUAGGAGUGUGUUGACAGCCAACAAGCUAACAGUAUUAGCAGUGGCUGAGUGAACGUUAUCCUGACCCAAUAUGGCUUACGAUGCCAGGAGAGACUGCCCGCAGCUUCCAGAUUUCUCAGUGCUGAAGAGGCUGGCUAGAGAUCAGCUCAUCUACCUGCUGGAGCAGCUACCAGGAAAAAAAGACCUUUUUAUUGAGGCAGACUUGAUGAGCCCACUUGAUCGAAUUGCAAAUUUGUCAACACUCAAGCAACACGAAGUUGACAAACUCUAUAAAGUGGAAUAUAAACCCAUCAUCAGCACCUCAGAUCAACUCUGUUUUCUAAUCCGACCAAGAAUAAAAACUGUGAAGUGGAUAUGCGGUGUGGUCAAUGCAGACAAAACAGUAGGAAGAUUUCGAAGAUACAAGUUAAUAUUUGCACCUCAGAAGUUCUAUGCAUGUGAAAUGGUGCUGGAGGAGCAGGGGAUAUUUGGUGAUGUGACAACGGAUGAGUGGGCUUUCUAUCUCCUUCCACUGGAUGAUGAUAUCAUCAGUCUUGAACUGCCAGAAUUCUUUCGAGACAACUUCCUGGCGGGUGACCAGCGCUGGGUGAGGACAGCUGGGAGCGCUCUUCACCUUCUUCACUCCAUUUACGGACCAUUCUCAAAGAUUUACGGAAUUGGAAGAUGUUCUAAGAUGGCAUAUGAGUCAUGGAGGGAGCAGGUAGAAGAGGAAGAAAACAGAGGUCGCCAGGCAGAAAUAGGAAAUGUUUUUCUUAUAGACAGAGAUGUGGAUUUUGUCACUCCUCUGUGUUCACAAGUCGUUUAUGAAGGACUUGUGGAUGAUACAUUUAGAAUCAAGUGUGGAUGUGUAGAGUUUGGACCUGAGGUUACCUCCUCCGAUAAAAGUGUAAAAGUCAUGCUGAACUCUCAGGAUAAGGUUUUUAAUGAAAUCAGAAACGAACAUUUCUCCAAUGUCUUCAACUUUCUCAGUCAGAAAGCCAAGAAUCUGCAGAUGGCAUAUGAUAAGCGUCGGGGUAUGGACAUAAAGCAGAUGAAGACGUUUGUCUCCGAAGAGUUGAAGGGAUUAAAACAGGAGCAUCGGCUGCUCAGCUUGCACAUCAGUGCCAGUGAGUCAAUCAUGAAGAAAAAAACAAAGCAGGAUUUCCAGGAGAUGUUGAAGACCGAGCAUUCUUUGCUUGAGGGCUUUGAAAUCCGUGAAUGUACUUCUUUCAUAGAGGAGCAUAUUAUCAGACAGCUUUCCAUGAUAGAGAGUCUGAGACUUCUUUGUCUUCUCUCCCUCACAGAAAAUGGACUCCUGUCAAAGGAUUACAGGUCAUUAAAAGCACAGUAUUUACAGAGCUACGGCAUGAACCACCUGCUUACAUUUGCUAACCUGAAACGGUUGGGACUGUUGGUGGAGCAGCAGCCGGGGGAAACACUGACUGUUAUGGAGAGCAAAGUUGGCAAACUGGUCAAUGACAAAACUGCAGGGAAGCUGACUGAUGCCUUUUCCUCUCUGGCAAAGAAGAGCAACUUUAGAGCUUUGAGUCGAAAGCUGAACCUGGUGCCCAAAUCAGAUGAAGAAUACAAUUUGCGUGUUCCACGAGACAUGGCUUACAUCUUUAGUGGCGCGUACAUUCCUUUGAGCUGUAAACUGAUUGAGCAGGUGUUGGAGCGCGAUGGCUGGACGGGGCUUGAAGAUGCCACAAAGCUGCUAAAUGGGCAUGAAUUUUGUGCUACAGGCACAAAUGGAGCUGACGUAAAAGGGAAAUCUGAUGCUCCCCGCAUCGUUCUGGUCAUGUUCCUUGGGGGCUGCACUUUCUCUGAGAUUUCUGCGCUACGUUUUCUUGGCAAAGAGAAAGGUUAUAAAUUUAUUGUGGUGACAACUGCAAUAACAAACAGUUCAAGGUUAAUCGAAGCCUUGCUCGACAGCCACAUGUGAGGUCUGGUGAAGGUGAUGAAGAAGAGAAGAGCCAAAACAUUCCUGCAUGCACUCGUGCAUUCCCUUCAGCUCUGGAAUGAAGAGAAGAGUAUGCACAGAGCAGAUUGUUCUUUUUAUCAAUGGACUGUAAAGAUGUACAAAGUAUAAUGAAAUAAGUAAAUGUUUUUAACAUGUCAAGGUUUCAUUUUUGUCUCUAUUUAAAAUUUUCUGAAGCAAUCAGUUUUUCCUUUGAGUUUUUAUAUCUUUAUUGCUCAGGGAAAUUACAACAUAAGACAAGAGUCUUUUGUCUGAGACUGACUGUUAAUGGCUAGAAACCAAA